AUAGCACCGCAAACCAGCGCAAAGAUAAGACAUUGUUGCGUUAAUCGUUGUUAAAUAACGUGCGUUCACAAAAAUUCCGUUUAAUAACCCUAAUAACAUAACGAUUGGCUGGGUUAGUAUGAAAGACGCCUGAACUUAAACCAAUGGAUUUGGGAAGAAAUAUUUUCGUUCUUUACAUUGCGGCGAUUAGUUUCAAAUUGUGUUGUACAACACUGGCUGAUGAGGACGUGCUUUUACACCGAGGUCAUGUGUCAAAAACUGAUACCAAAUAUUUAAACAAAGGCGGGUUUUACCGCGGUGCAAGUCAUUACUGGCCACUCGACUAUGAAACUCAGAUAAGAGAUGUGAGAUAUUCUCGUGAUGGAAAAUGGAAAGGAACGAGAGGGAUUGUCACUGGAGAGAACAGAGGAUAUUUAUCACUUUUUACCAAUGGUUGGGUGCGAUUAGGAAAAUUUCUUGAGGAAUGUUUAUGUGAUAUUCACCUUUGUACAAAGAACGGAUUUAGCGUUGCAUUUUGGGUAAAAUUACCAAUUUAUGAUAAUGAGACAAAAAUACUGCUUGGUAGUGACACAAAUGAUACUGGGUUAAUGAUUUUUCAAACCACUCGAGCAGUAAAUGGGACAGACGAACGCCAUAUUUCAGCAAUUGUUUUUAUGAAACAACGCAAGUGGCAAUGUGAUUUCCCCACCAAACCUGGGAACUGGUUAUAUUUAACAAUCACGUGGUCAAAUCAAAAUGGAUUGCGAAUGUUUAAAGAUAGUGUAUUGAUGAGUGAAGAAACAAGAGCUAAGAUAGCUCCAGGUCGAGUAUUUAAACAAAGGUAUAAAAAGUGUGCAGUGGUAUUGUCACCACCCACAGUUUACGGAACGACGCUGAAAGCUGAUUACGACGAUAUUGUGAUAUGGCAUUAUGAACUGUCUAAAAAUCUCAUGAAUCAAGUUUACAGAAACACCUUAGAUCGCCCGAAGAUUGAAGAAUGCAAAACAAACGGAACAUCUUUAAACGUUCUCAUCGAUGAUAGAUAUCAAACGUACAAGAUAGAAAGAGAUUUUCGGAUUACUUGGUGGAGAAACGGAGUGGAUGGAAGAGGAAAAUAUAUUUCAAAAGCUCUUAAUUUUAGUAUUCAUCAUCUAGUUCAAAAUUCAGAGUACAUUGUUGAAGUUCAGCGCAGAAUGUUCGUUAGUAAAAAGAAUACAUCAAAAAUGGUUGUCUCAAAGUCAUCCAGAGUUACGUGCAAUACUAAACUUAACGGUAAUAUAAAAAUUGUUGUUCCAGGAAAACCAAAGAAUUUCGCAGUAAGAGAAAAAGCUGCGAGGUAUUUUUUGCUAGAAUGGGAAAAAAUAGAUGGUCCAGUUCAAGGGUAUAAGAUUUCUUAUCGCAAAGAUGACUUCAGAAUCCCGGAGAAAUGGUCCACCACAUUCAGAGGAAAUGUAGCCUCAGCGUACUUGGAACAGCUUGAACCUUUUACAGAAUAUAUCAUUACACUUGCGUGUAGGAAUGAACAUGGCAUUGGCCAAGCAGUCACUCUUCGAGAAAAAACCGCGGAAGGACUUCCCAUGGAGCCAAGAUAUUUGAGAGUAAAGCAAAAAGGAGAAAUAUUGGUGAUAAAAUGGCGACAACCAAAAGAAUUAAAUGGAUUAGUAGAUUAUACAUUGUUUGCCCUAGUGAACGGCAACGAGAAAACAAUAUGUAGUGCCUGUGGCGAAUCAUACAGAUUGGAGUACGUUGAACAAUAUACAGAGUAUACAUUCUGGGUGAUUGCAAGGAAUAUAAAGAAUGGGUAUAUGAGUCCACCAUCUAAUAAUGUCACGAUUACUACGCCUUCAUUCACGCCAAGUUCACCGCGCAAUCUAACCGCUACGUUUACACAAAAUGGAAUCCAUGUUAGCUGGGAAACAUCCAAAGUUCCAAGAGGGCAAGUAGAGUAUAAAUUAUUUGGUCGUGUAAAUGGACAUCAACAGCUUCUUUGCGAUGAAUGUAAUCUGCAGUAUUUAAUGAAAAAUGUCGCCAGAAAUACUCAAUAUGGAUUUUGGGCCGUAGCGUACAACGUUCAUAAAGGUUAUGAAAGUGCUCCAACUGGCGAAGUAAUCAUCGAUACUGGAUUGUAUGUACCAACAACCCCAGCAGGACUGAGGGUCAGUUUAUUAUUAGAAGGAAUUCUUAUCUCCUGGAACAAAUCUCAAGUGGAGUAUGGCAGAGUGCGCCAUCAACUCUUAGGACUGGAAAAUAACGUGAAGAAAGUAUUUUGCUGGGAUUGCGGAUUGAAAUACUUGAUUAAUAAAUCAGAACCAAACAUGAAUUAUUCAUUCUGGGUUGUUGCUCACAAUAUGCAAAAUGGAUAUGAAAGCAUUCCUAGUUCAGUUGUUGACUUUCAUACCGCCCGUAGUAAGCCGCCACCGCCUGAACUUAUUCUUGCGCCAGAGGUUAAGGAUUCCAGUGCUAGAAUAACAUGGAGUCCUCCGAAAAGCAUGCAUGGAAAAGAUGAUGUCAUUGGCUAUAAAGUUACUUUAUAUAAUGCCUUUAAUAUCCUUCAUAUUGAAACAACUGAAAGUCUUCAACUCGAGCUUAGUAAUCUGACGCAAUUCUCAAAGUAUUACGUGACGGUUCAAGUAUUAUCUGGGGCAGGUUACGGUCGUCCUUCACAGCAAUUCACUAUACAAACUAAAGAUACAAACGAAUGUAUAAUGGAUGGUACACCCUGUGGUGAACAUGCGCAGUGCGUCAACUCCGCGGGCUCUUAUUUCUGCUCUUGUCUGCCCGGUUUCGCUGGGGACGGGAUUCGCUGUAAAGCGCUGCCAUCAGAAGUGACAGAAACAGAUUUUUGUCCUGAGGAGAAAACAAGAAAUGUCACAUGGAAACGAACUUAUCGUGGACAAACAGACAAAAAUCUUUGCCCUAAUGGAACAAUAGGCAUCACGACACGAGAAUGCCUAAAAGGAAAUGCUAGCACGCCAUACUGGUCAGAUCCCAACUUGAGUAAUUGUGUUUCUUCUUGGAUGUCCGCAGUAGAUGACAAACUCGCCGACCAAACACUGAACUCAACAGUGGUUGGGGAUUUUUUCCUGAAUCUUCUCGACAAGAAUGGUGCUAGAGGUUUAUAUGGAGGAGAUAUUAUAAAGACUGUAAACGUCAUUGAUCAGUUGUAUAAUAAGAGUCAGCAAAAUGAACUGAAUGAAGAAUUGACUAAUCAAGAAAUUACCGAGAGUUUGCUAACGAACCUAGUGAAUAUCACAGAAAAAAUUAUUUCACCAAAAUCAUUGAAAGUUUGGGAUGACAUACCCAAGGAGCAAAGAAGUGAAUAUAGUGUCAGAAUAAUUGAUGGUCUAGAUAACGCUGUUUUGAAAUCGGCCAAGAUUGUAAAUUUUUCUUCUAUUCAAAGUGAACAUAUCGGUAUUCGGUAUGGAAAAAUAUCACAUUUUAAACGGAACACCAAUACGACGUCUUCCGAUAAACACAUGAGUGAAAUGGAUAGUAUUAAAUUCCCAGAGCAAGAGGAAGGGAUGGAUAUUGAAGACCAAACUGCAGCAGUCAUCUUGUACAACACAAUUGAAGACGUUCUGUCGGCUGGAAAUCAGCAAUUACAUGAUAAGGAUUUUGUCAAUACCGCAGUUCUUUCCAUCUCUACAAGUCCGCCUGUAUCCACACCAUUUCGAAAGCCUUUGGAGUUUAUAUUAAAAAACGAAAAGGAUGGACAAUUUGACAAGCACAAAUGUGUAUUCUUCAAUACUUCCAGGAAUCCUGGUUCUUGGUCAACGACUGGUUGCCAAGUGUUUAAUGUAACUGGAAACUUUACUGUGUGUCAUUGCUAUCACAUGACGAGCUUCUCAGUUCUCAUGCAAAUACAACCUGUAGAAAUGUCGGAUUCAGAGGAGUUAAUAUUAAGUUGGAUCACUCGUGUUGGUUUGUGUAUUUCCCUUGUGGCUCUUGGCCUGGCAUUUAUCACAUUUGUUUUUCUGCCGCGACCUUGUGGUUAUAAAUCUGGUUCGCAGUGUUUUAAAUUGUGCGAUCAAGGGUACAGACCAACAUAUUUGAAAAAAGUUCGAACAAGUAUUCAUGCAAAUUUAAUAUUAUCUUUGGCUCUUGGAGAAGCGUUGUUUUUAUGGGGAAUUGAAAAGACGAAUCAUGAGAGGACGUGUUACGCUGUAGCAGUGGCGUUACAUUAUCUGCUUCUUGUUGCAUUUCAUUGGAUGGCAGCAGAAGGUGUUAUAUUGUAUCUUGUCUUGGUUAAAGUGUUUCAACGAAAGAGCGCCAAUAAAGAUAAAAGGAUGUUCAUGAUCAUAUGUUGGGGUACACCAGCUGCUAUUGUUUGCAUUGCCUUGGUUGUGGGACAUGAGUAUUACCUUCAUGACAAAUGUUGUUGGUUGUCAAUGAGUCAUCAUAUGAUAUGGGGUUUUGUCGGUCCUGCUCUGGGCAUUAUACUGGUGAAUAUUUUCUUUCUUUGCUGCACAUUCCGCGUCAUGGGACGACGACAGAGUUGCAAUAAAACAGAGAAAAAUAUGAUGGGGAAAAUUAGAUACUGGGCCAAAGGGGCCGCUAUAGUUACCUGUUUACUUGGUAUCACGUGGGUGUUUGGAGUGUUUUAUCUGAAUAACGAAUCUGUAGUUAUUGCAUAUAUAUUUAACAUUUGUAACGUUCUUCAGGGGUUAUUUAUAUUCGUUUUUCAUUGUCUCCUGGAUGAAAAGAUUCGACAACAAUAUUAUCAAGUAUUUUGUGCAGUAACUAACAUUGAAUCGAGAUCUCCAAGUCAUUCCACUGGCAAUGGUAAUAGAGGACAACGACCAAGCACAUUCAAUAGUUGGCUUUGGUCCGUUGCCCCAAUGAAACUUCAAGACAGCAAAUCUGAAAGUUGUCCAACAGUUGCAGAAAACACGCUAAAACGAAUGAAUAGUUCAACGCAUUCAUUGACACCAUGUAUUGACCGACGGUUGAUGGAAAUCAAACGCGAUGGCCAUGGCACUAGUGUGAGACCACGUGGAAUGAGUUCUAUUUAUCAUGAUAGUGAUGAAAAUAUGGACAACAUUCCUGAUAAUAUUCUUACGGUGAAACAUGGCUCAAAAAAUAACAGUGGAAGACUGGAUUACCAGGAUGAGGACACAACAGGAGGUGUUUUUGAAGAAUAUUGUUUGCCAAAUUUAUCGCGUGAAAACAGUGAAGAAUUUUUUGAGAUUUCUGAAGAUACAUGUGAAGAUUGUCUUUAUGAGAUCAAAGAAUGGUCAGAACAACGAGAUAAAUCAAUAAAAGCGAACAGCUUACAUGAACAGGGUUUAAAAACGUCAAAAAACUCGCGUAGUUCAGUCACAUCUGAGCAUGAAUAUUUAAAUGAAGAAGCAAACAUGGUCGAAGAAAAUCACGAGGAACCUGAGGAAAAGGAAAUAAAGGUUGAAGAAUCUGAACAAUGUAUAUCUAAUACCACAAUUACACCACGUAUUGUGUUAUCAGAUUUUUCCAAACCAAAAAGUACGACAUAUGUAAACAGCAAAUACGUCGUAAAAGUGACUGACGCAAACGGUACAGAAUUAUCGCCCACAUCAGGGCAGAAAUUCCCCGGUCCAGCACAAGUUUAGAAAUCUACAUCAAGAAGUCUGUACACAUAAUGCGUUGAUAUUAAUAUCAUCCAAAGGAGAUGUUAUCCAUUUUGAAAAACAUCGUUGAUGUUCUCAAGUUGAGAACUGCC